AUGGGAAAAUGUUUUCAUGACUUGAGAUUAGAUAUCCCUCCCUCCGUCCGGUUGGUUUAUUUUUUUUUCUCCCUUCUCCCCCCCCUUCUCUUAUCUUUCAAACCCACCCCAGGUUUCCAUUCAAGGUGGCCAUUGGUGGGACAAGCACCAGCGGCACUUUGUCUGAUGAGCAUGCUCCUGUGCAGCAGCCUGCCGCCGCCAGCAUCGUGCACAACCUGCCCUCAAAAAUGCCGCUGUGAGGACCUCCAGUUCUACUGCGACACGCAGGGGCUCCUGACGCCCCCGGAUGGCAUCGACAGGGGCGCCCUGGGGCUCUCCCUGCGCCACAACAGCAUCGACGAGCUCAGCCCCGACCAGUUCUUCGGCUUCACCCAGCUCACCUGGCUUCAUCUGGACCACAACCAAAUAACCACUGUGCAGGAGGACGCCUUCCAGGGGCUCUACAAGCUCAAGGACCUCAACCUGAGCUCCAACCGCAUCACCAAGCUGCCCAACACAACCUUCAUCCACCUCAUCAACCUGCAGAUCCUGGACCUGUCGUUCAACCAGAUGACCGUGCUGGAGCCGGAGCUCUUCCACGGCCUGCGCAAGCUGCAGAUCCUGCACCUGCGCUCCAACUCCUUGCGGACCACGCCCGUGCGCGCCUUCUGGGACUGCCGGAGCCUGGAGUACCUGGGCCUGAGCAACAACCGGCUGCGGAGCCUGGCCCGCAACGGCUUCGCAGGGCUCAUCAAGCUCCGGGAGCUGCACCUGGAGCAUAACCACCUGACCAAGAUCAACCUGGCCCACUUCCCGCGCCUGGUCGCCCUGCAGUUCCUGUACUUGCAGUGGAACAAGAUUAACAAUUUGACGUGCACCAUGGAGUGGUCCUGGACCACCCUGGAGAAACUGGAUCUUACCGGGAACGAGAUCCGCGUCCUGACGCCCGAGGUGUUCGAGACCCUGCCUAACCUGAAGAUACUCUUAUUGGAUAACAACAAGCUGUCCAACAUGGACACGCAGACCCUGGAUAUGUGGAAGUCGUUGGGCACCAUCGGGUUGUCCAGCAACCUUUGGGAAUGUACCAAACGGAUCUGCAACUUGGCCACUUGGCUCAGCACCUUCAAGGGCCGAUGGGAACACUCCAUUUUGUGCCACAGCCCGGACUACGCACAGGGGGAGGAAAUACUGGACGCCGUCUAUGGGUUUCAACUUUGUCAGAAUUUCUCAGCGCCGGUGAUGCAGCCCAGCACGCCCACCGAGGCCCUGUUUCCGCUGGACGUCACCAGCCCCUUGUAUGGAAGUAUGCAGACCCCGACGUUGGACUACUAUGCAGAGGAUUUGGGGAGUUUUACCAUGGUCACAACCGCCGCCGGCUCGGCCGCCGGAGCAGGCAGCACGGGCAGCAGCAGCACCACCACCACCACCACAGCCACCGCCGCGACCCCAAGCAACGCCAUGGCGACCACCACCAUGGUGGCCAGCGGGGCGGCGGUCACUGACGACUUUGUCGACAUCGACAACACGGUGCUGACCCAGCGGGUCAUCAUCGGAACCAUGGCGCUGCUGUUUUCCUUCUUCUUCAUCAUUUUUGUAGUGUACGUCUCGCGGAAGUGCUGCCCGCCCACACUGCGGAGGAUCCGCCACUGCUCCGCCAUGCAGAACCGGAGGCAGCUGAGGACCCAGCAACGGCAGCCAAUGGCGGACCUGGCCACCCAGGUGCCCUACAACGAGUAUGAGCCCAGCCACGAGGAAGGGGCACUCGUCAUCAUCAACGGCUAUGGGCAGUGCAAGUGUCAGCAGCUGCCUUACAAAGAGUGUGAAGUAUAAAAAAUACAAAACAAAAAGAAAAACUUUAUUUAUUCCUGAAGUCUAUGGGUUUUUUCGCCAUUCUCAACCAUUUCAGAAACGAUACAGGGUUUGUUUUAUGGAUUUUUAUUUCACCAGUUUCUAUAUGGAGGAAAAAAAACAUGCAUAGUUUCUUUCUACUGGCUAGCUCUGAAAGAGGAAGAAAAACAAAAAGAUAUAUUGUGGAGUUUGCUGGGGUGUCUGGAUGUGGAUGUUGAAGUGGAAAUGUGGGUGAGUGAAGAGAUGUUAAGAAAUUUUCUCACUUUUAUUUUUGUAAUGCAAGAAUGCAAGGUCCUUAACUUACUGAGCUGGGGCAAUCAAUCUGCACCAAGUAAAUGGGUAGAUGAGGGGAACUGACACUGUAUUAUUUACCAUCGUGUUUUAGCAGCACAGUGGAAAGUGAAAGCGAACGAAAGAAAAAUCCAUAGCCAAAUCGCCUGGAAACCUGGGGCCCAGAGCUCAGAUAUCAUGUGCAAAGAUGAUAACAUAUCUUUGGAAAGAAUAGUGAAAGGAUUUACAUUUCCAAGAUAAAACAAAAAAAGAAAAAAGAAAAAAAAGAGUGCUGUUGUGCUGUUAUGCUGAAUAGAAGUACAAAUUUGAUAAAUGAAAAGGGUUUUUAUGACACACAAAGUAGAUGUCACUUAUGAGCCUCACUCACGUGUUCACUUUUGGGAAGAGUAUAAAUUGGGUAAUGACUAUUGACUUUUUUUAAAUUCACCUUUUUACAAAUGACAGAAAAUGUUAUUUCCAAAAAAAAAAGAAUCACAUGCAUACAGAGAACGCAGUGUUGAUCUGACAACAAAAAACGCUGACAAUUUGUCUUUACAAAGUUAUCUGUACCUGCCCAGGAGAAAACACGUAGCCUAAUAGCCUUCCUGUUUCUGGAUUUGAUUUCAUUCAAUAAACUCGAUUCCCUCCUGCAAAAUCUAAAAAGCUUAGCACUGUGUGUUCAAAGGUUAAUGCCCAAUAUGCCUCUGCCUAAGCUCUGCCAAAAUGUCUGGAUAGCUCCCUCAACUGUGACUUCAGCAGGGAUCUAUUAAGUGUUCUGUGGAGACGUUCAUUUCCUUUUUAUAAUUAUGCAUAUCUACGAUGAAGUGAUUUGGUCUUGAGUCCUUUUCGUGCCACCCACCCCCGACAUCUUCACUGUGAUAAUGCACUGCGACUAAACUCCUUCUGCCAUAAAUUACUGAUGGCCAAUUAUUAUU